GGGGUUUGUUUGGACAGCUAUAACUCCUGAGCGCAGGCCCUUCAGGCAUCGUUAAGGACAGCUGUAUCCAUGACAGCGGGGCCUUUUAAGAAGGCAGGGGUUUGUUUGGACAGCUAUAAUGCCUGAGCGCAGGCCCUUCAGGCAUCUCUGAGGACAGCUGUAUCCAUGACAGCGGGGCCUGUUGGACGCUGUUCUAGUGACGUCUAUGGUGCGCGCCUCUAGUGAUACACAUUAGUGCGCACAGUCAUGUUCGUGCCGGCUGCCGGUGAGUGGAGCCCCCCAGCGGACUGCACCCUGCUCCUGCCCGCAGUGUCUGUAGGAAAUGUUGGACAACUUGCCGCUGACCUGAUAGUUUCCUCACUGGAUAUGCCAAAGGUGGGCUAUUUUUACACGGAUUGUCUUGUACCUAUGGUGGGCAGUAAUCCAUAUGCUACUAAAGAACAUGCAGAGGAAAUGUGUGUGAAUGCUGAAGUAUACGCAUCAUGUGACAAGAAGCUUGCAGUCCUGCAGAUCAGGUCUCCAUUAAUAAAGAAAAAAUCCAGGGCCUUCUGCCAAGCUUUAACCUGCUGGAUUAAGAAGUGUGCCUUCUCAAGAGUAGUUCUCCUUUCCAGCAGCCAUGCAUACCAACGAGACGAUAGCCAGCUUUUGGGGACUCCCUUCCGCUACUUAGCCACUCCAGCUUUGCAGGCGUUGGUGGCAGACACGAUGAAGACAUUAGAGUGGAAGGAAAUGGAGAAAAUGUCUUUAUAUCCAGGCAUAAAUGAUGAGGAGAAAAAGAUUUCCAUCCCUGGAGGAGGUUUUACAAAGCGGUUGUUUGAAGACUGUUGUUCUGAGGGCAUACAUUUGGCUGUUGUCCUAAAAUUCUGCUCUGAAGGUGACAACAUCCCUGACGCUUUUGCACUUCUUGAUCAUGUUAACAGAUGGCUUCAUCUACUUGAUCUUCCAGAUGACGCUGGCACAGCUCUCUGGAAGACUCCAAGCUCCUGGAGGUUACUUUUUGGCAGCGGUCUUCCAUCAGCACUUUUCUAACUGGUGAACUAAUUUUACGUUGGUCCAGAGUUAUUAGAAAACCAUCCACUGUUGUAUCAUUGUUUUAUAUCCUGUUAUAAAGAAUGAAUGUUUUCUAA